GCCGCUAGCUAAUACAUAAAAGCCCAGGUUCCGCUAAAUAGCUCCUGAGACUAGCCAUGAAGAGGAGUGGUGCUGUCCUGCUGGUGGCCCUGGGCCUCCUCUGCAUCUUAGGGUUGGCCACAGGAGAAGACGACAAUGAGUUUUUCAUGGACUUCCUGCAAACCCUGCUGGUGGGAACCCCAGAGGAGCUCUAUGAGGGGCCCUUGGGCAAGUACAACGUCAAUGAGGAUGCCAAGGAAGCAUUGACAGAGCUCAAGUCCUGCAUUGAUGGCCUGCAGCCCAUGCAUAAGGCGGAACUCGUCAAGCUUCUGGUUCAAGUGCUUGGCAGUCAGGAUGGGGUCUAAGUGGAUCGCAACAUGGUUCCCAAUAGGCACAGGACCAGCCAUGCAAGCAGCCAUGGACACACUGCCCCACUGCUGUUUACCCACAAGCAAACUCAUCUUUCAACAUGAAUCAAUAAAGCCUCCUGCAGCCUGG